UGUCGGGCUGUGGACCGGUGAAGGGCUGCAGGACUGAAGCGCUGCAGCACCGGGACAAAAACAAAACCUCCAGUCAGGGAUCACUGACUCAACGAGAGCUGCAACCAGAGGAAGUCAGCAUGACAAAACCAUCGUUGACCGGCGAGGAUUUACUUUCUCAUGAGGCGUAGCAUUUUUGGCCCGUGCAUCACCCAUCUUCGUCAAAGCUGAAUGUUGAAUCACCCAUGGAUGUUUCCUGAGACACUUUCUCCGUCCUCAGUAACAGUCUGGCAGACGAAGAAGACAUUACAGACAGACUGAGAGCCCAUAUGAGCAGAUGAGUCACAUAUGAGUGAUGUAACAAUGUUUGGGACAGAGUCUUCUCACAGAAUAUGGAGCUAAUUGGAGAAACAGAGUGGGAGAAAAUGUUUUUUUCCAGGCUCUUGAGCAUCGUACUUUCAAUUUGCAAAUGACAAAACUCGUUACAAUCUCAGGCGGCGGAGAGGCAAUGACCUAAUUCAGAUUAAAUGACCUCAUACUGAUAAGUAGCCGGCCUCCUCAUUGGGUGAUGGAAAAUAAUCACAAAUGGGCUCUUAUCAUAGAGGCUGGGGUGUGUGAGGUUACAUGAUAUCUGCGUGGGGGUGUGUGGGGCUUUUUUAUCUCAGCGGAGUGAGUUUUGAUGCACUCUGUGAUGUUGCGGCGUGGACUUCUAGCCUGGGUCUCCCGUGUUGGAGGCGUGCUGGUGCUGCUCUGCUGCUCCCUGUCGCUUCUUUACGUCAUGACCUGCAGUCCGCCGCACUCUGACGACCCCAUGUUGAGUCACGCCCUGCCCCGUGCUGGUCCCAACCAUCCCAGCAUGGGGGGCACAGGGCCGGGGAUCGGAGCAGGAGGAGGCGGGACGGGCGGUGUCCGAGCCGGGGCUUCUCAAAGUGGAGGGCCCCCUGGUGCUCAGUCUUAUCAGGCACUCCUCCAAGAGCGUGAGGAGCAGCACCGCCUACAUAUCUCCUCCUUGAAGAAGCAGAUCGCUCAGCUCAAGGAGGCUUUGCAGGAGCGUAGCCAGCAGCUGAAAGGAGUGCAGGAGAGCCUGAAGAGAGGCGCAGGUGGUCCAGCAGAAGGACAGGAAGCUGGGGCUGGAUCACAGGGAGGUGGUCUCGGGGAGGCUCAGGGAGCCAAGAGCCAGCAAACGGACCUCCAAGAGUUUUUGAGGAGUCAGCUGUCGAAAGCGGAGGUCACCGCUGGCUCUAGGUUGCCAAGCGAGUACGCGGUGGUGCCUUUUGAGAGUUUCACCCUGCAGAGGGUGUACCAGCUGGAGAUGGGGCUGACUCGGCAUCCUGAGGAGAAGCCCGUAAGGAAGGACAAGAGGGAGGAGCUGGGGGAGGUGCUGGAGAUGGCCCUGCACAGCCUCAACACACCGUCGUCCCAGCAGGAUGGCAAGAGUGCAGCAGGAAAGACUCAAGCCAGCAAAGUGUACUCACCAUCUGACUUUAUAGAAGGUAUCACGCGUACAGAGAAGGACAAAGGGACGCUGUACGAGCUGACCUUCAGAGGGGAGUCCACUCAUGAGUUCAGACGCCUGGUCCUCUUUCGCCCGUUCGGCCCUCUGAUGAAGGUGAGAAACGAGAGAGUGGACACCGUCAACAUCCCGAUCAACAUCAUCGUCCCGCUGUCCAGGCGCACGGACAAGUUCAAACAGUUCAUGCACAACUUCAGGGAAGUGUGUGUGCGUCAGGACAGCCGGGUCCAUCUGACGGUGGUGUAUUUCGGGAAAGAGCAGAUGAGCGAGGUCCGCAGCACUCUGGAGAACACAUCCAGGGAAGUGAAUUUUAAGAACUACACUCUACUUCAGCUGGACGAGGAGUUUUCUCGGGGACGGGGUCUCGACGUCGGGGCCCGAGCCUGGAAGGGAGGCAACGUUCUGCUUUUCUUCUGCGACGUGGACAUUUACUUCACCGCUGACUUCCUCAACACCUGCAGACUCAACACGCAGCCCGGUAAAAAGGUCUUCUACCCAGUUUUAUUCAGCCAGUACAACCCCACUCUGAUUUACGGAAGUCCCGAACACGUCCCACCUGUGGAGCAACAGCUGGUGAUCAAGAAAGACACGGGCUUCUGGAGGGAUUUUGGAUUCGGCAUGACCUGCCAGUACAGGUCGGACUUCAUCAACAUAGGUGGUUUUGACAUCGACAUCAAAGGCUGGGGGGGUGAAGACGUCCACCUUUACAGGAAGUACCUCCACAGCAACCUCCUGGUGGUCAGAGCUCCAUCACGAGGCUUGUUCCACCUGUGGCAUGAGAAACAAUGUGCCGAUGAGCUCCCACCGGACCAGUAUCGCAUGUGCAUGCAGUCCAAGGCCAUGAACGAGGCGUCGCACGGCCAGCUGGGGAUGCUGUUCUUCAGGCAGGAGAUCGAGGCUCAUCUCCGCAAACAGAAAAUACAGCACAACUCAAACCCCAAGAAAACAUGAAGACCUAAAGAUUGGUUGAAUCGUUUUGAACAGCACGACCGCAAUCUGUGUGAAUAGUGGACAGGAAUUGAACUUUGAUCUUAUGGGACAUUUUGAGGUUACACAUAGUUGCUCUCUUGCCAAAAGUUUGAUGAGAAAAACCAACAACAGUCUGAUCUCUGUACAGUAAAUAUGGAGCUAGAGCCAGCUGGUGUUAGCUUAGCUUAGCUUAGCAUGAAGACUGGAAACACUGCUAUGUCAGUAAGAUAAAAACGUGCUCUCCUGAGGCACCUUUAAAGCUUGCUAGUUAACAUUUAUUUAUAUAGUUUUAAUCCCUUAAAAAAAACGUAAUUGUGUUUUUAUGGAUGACUUUGUGCUGUUCUAUUUCUUGGCCAACUUAGCUAGGAAAGAAACAAUAAGAUUUUUUUUUUUUUUUUACUGUUUCCAGUGUUUAUGGUAAACUCAGUGAACCAAGUGUAAAAAGGAGGCAUGGGACUUAGAGAUAUGCUAAUAUAUGCCGCUGCUGGAAGACUAUAUGGAGGAAAACAGCUAGCUUAACUUCACCCUGCUUAAAUAAGAAUAAUCCUCCUGCCAGCUGGAGUUCUUGCGCUACAUUGCCGUAUUUAUAACAGCAAAACAAACAAGAUGUGAUGUUUUUGUUAUUGAGCUGGGAAGGCACUGUUAGGGCCGGCUGUGGCUUAGUGGUAGAAUCAGAUGUGUCCCAACCAGAAAGUCAGUGGUUUGAUCCCCAGCGCCUGAAGCGACACUGAACUCCGUAUUGCUCCUGCUACUGUGUCAGCGGCUUGUGAAUGUGUAUGAAUGGGAUUAUUUAAUACUGAUGGCCACUUUACAUAGCAGCCUCUGCCAUCAGUGUGUGAAUGUGGUGUGAAAAGGUAAGUGUGACCUGCGGUGUUAAAACUGCUCUGAGUAGUCAGAAGACUAGAUUAGUGCUACACAAGCUCAAGUCCAGGUCAUUUUUAUGUUUGUGCACAGUCAGACCUGCUCUUUACCUUUGUUUCUAGACUCUGUGCUAAGCUAAGCUAACUGUCUCUAUGCUUUAUCUUACAAUGAAGGAUAUAAGGCUGGUAUCACUCUUCUCAUCCAACUCAAAGUAAGAAAGUAGUGAAGAACGGUAGGUCUUUUUCCCAACAAGUCAAUCUAUUCCUUCAAUGAAAAAAAUGUGAAGCUUUUUUUUUUUUUUUUUGACUUUUCAAGGACUUACAACAUUUUAUACUUAGUUUGCAAAGACAACAUGAGAUUUUUUAUUUUACAAACUCAACUGCCUGAUGAAUUCCCCAACACUAACUGGAGUGGACUUUCAGAUAGACAUUUAUCAACAAAUCUCCUCCCUGAAAAAACCUUCAACAACUUGGGAACACAUUCCCUUCUUGACUGCAGCAAGGAUCAUUAGAAAGAAAACCAAGACAUUUUUUUUUAGAGUCUGUCUGAACCGUGUGCCUUCUGUGAAUAAAAAAAAAAAACCAAACACUGUCUCCUCGCGGUGGCCCGUGGAAAUUGAACACGCUUUUACAUGAAAGGAAAUAGGACCACCUAGUGGACUGAAUCUGACAAUGAAGGACUCUUUGAAAGCCUGAAAUGGUCUUGUAAAAUAUUUUUUAAAUAAAUGAUUAUCAGUCAUCCUCAUUAAUUUAUUAAUCUUUAUAAUUGUUUUGCUAAUGCCAUCAUUUAUAAGAACAAUAAUUUCUGAUGAAGUUAUCACUUGAUAUUGUGUGUGGGCCUUUCACAUCUAAAAAGUACUUUCUGUGAAUGACAGUUCAUACCAGCCUGACAAAGGCAGUAACUACAGAAGCGGUAACAUUGAGACAAAAGAGUUGAACAUUUUCAGGCUGCAUGGCUUAAUAUGAAACAUACAUAAAGGUUGAAAUACUUUAAUUUAUGUAUUUUAUUGCUUGCUAAAUAACCCCCCCAAAAAAAUCAUCGCCAUAGAUACAAUAUAGAGUAUACAAGAAAAACAACAUUCUGCUUAUGCAUCCAUUUAAACUACUUUGUUUGAAAUAAAAAUUUUUUUUUUAUAUCUUAACAGUUCAAAUGUAAUAGAGUGCCAAUCACAUGCUUAUCAAAUCAAAUAUUUGGUUUAAAGAGAAUUUAAAGGCACCAAAGUAGGCUGCGUGAAGCGACAGAUCAAGAUUGAUUUUUACACUUCCUUUUUGUCAUGAACUGAUUUAGCUGCUGCAUUAUUCACGCUGACAUAAAAACUCAGUCAAUCGAUAAAGUUAAUUUACAGCUCAGGGGGAUAAUUUACAUUCAGCCACGUCUCCCAGGCUAGCUUUCACUUGAUGUACUGUAGUGCUCUGCUGCAGUGUAGCUCUCUGAUUAGCACUAUGGCUGUGGCAGAGAGUGCAGGAACUACAAUAGCCACACAGAAGAAGAAGUGUAUUCUGUGUUUUCAUCUUUUAGUUGAGCUUUUUCUGGUUUCGUUUUUUAAUUUUAAAAAGCUGCUUUACAGGCAGAAAAUAUUUCUAUGGCUUUAUAUUUCAGAAGGUUGUUGAAGCCUACAGGUUAGAACUCAACUCUGUCUCAAUGUUACCAUAAAACUGUGUGUUACCUUUGUUGGUAAGUAACAUGUUCUUUUAUCUCUUAAAAGCUUUUACAGUAUGAGACAUGUAUUAACGAACCGCAUACAACUAAAGAUAAUUUAAUUUUAACAUGUUUAAUUUUGAAAAUUGACCCAUUAUUGUUUUGUCUCAUAACUAAAAGAAGGAAAACAGUAUAACAAGAUAGUAUUACUGUAACUGACGAUGACUUAACUUAAGUCAGAGUACCACUUUUAAUCUUCAUAUUUUAUUUCUGUCAUCAAAUGUGACUCGUGUGUCUUGUUAGAAAUAUACACACACAGUAAACAGUGAAGAUGAUUGUAUUGCUGUGCAGUCACAGCAUCUGGAGAUGUUUUAAGUUUAGAAAUAGAACAGCCUCGAAGGUUACUCAAAGGUUUUUUAUUCUAAUAAAUGAUCAGGCUCCAACACUUCUUCAGUCCUUGGAGACAAGACACGCUGUAUUUUUGAGGGGGUGACCAAAGAUGUGAAGAUGUAAGGCACUUUUUGACUUUUGUUUUUGUUUUCCAUUUAAACGUAUCUUGUAAUAAAACUUGUAAUUAUUUUCUUUAUGGUAACGUUAUUUUUUCACUUCAUGUAAAUAAGUUCAAUAAAACACAUUCAUGCAUUCUG